AGUCUGAGUUUGGAUCCAGAGACGUGACGCGCGGCGCUGUUCUGGGCUGGGACGUGGAGCCUCAAGGGAAGCGGGGCAGAGGCAGGCCAAGGGGCCUAACUUAAACCCUGGGCGCAGGGAGGUCUGGAGCUAAAGCGACGCCCUCCCGUAGUCAGUACGGAAUUUGGUUCUGGAGCUGCCAUGAUUGAAGUGGUAGCUGAGCUGAGCCGAGGACCUGUGUUUCUGGCGGGGGAGGCUCUGGAAUGUGUGGUGACUGUCACUAAUCCCCUGCCCCCGACCGCCACUUCUGCAUCCAGUGAGGCUCUUGCCUGGGCCAGUGCCCAGAUCCACUGCCAGUUCCAUGCCAGCGAGAGUCGAGUAGCACUGCCACCCCCCGACUCUAAUCAGCCUGACGUCCAGCCUGACAGCCAGACUGUCUUUCUGCCGCACCGAGGUGAGAGGGGUCAGUGUAUCCUUUCUACUCCACCAAAAAUUCUGUUUUGUGACCUGAGGCUAGACCCUGGAGAGUCCAAAUCAUACUCCUACAGUGAAGUGCUGCCCACGGAGGGGCCACCUUCCUUCCGGGGUCAGUCGGUCAAAUAUGUCUACAAAUUGACCAUCGGCUGUCAGCGAGUCAACUCACCCAUCACCUUACUCCGAGUCCCUCUGAGAGUUCUUGUGCUGACUGGUCUUCAAGAUGUCCACUUUCCCCAGGAUGAGGCUGUGGCGCCGUCCAGUCCCUUCUUAGAGGAGGAUGACGGUGGGAAGAAGGAGUCAUGGCUGGCCGAGCUAGCUGGGGAACGGCUCAUGGCUGCUACAUCCUGCCGCAGCCUCCAUCUGUACAAUAUCAGCGAUGGCCGAGGGAAAGUCGGCACGUUUGGUAUCUUCAAAUCUGUGUACAGACUCGGCGAGGACGUGGUGGGGACCUUAAACUUUGGGGAAGGGACCGUAGCUUGUCUGCAGUUUUCAGUAAGCUUGCAGACUGAAGAGCGGGUACAGCCUGAAUACCAGCGGCGCCGUGGGACCGGAGUCGCCCCUUCAGUGUCCCAUGUGACUCAUGCCCGGCACCAGGAGUCCUGCCUGCACACAACCAGAACCAGCUUCUCUCUCCCGAUUCCUCUCUGCUCUACCCCUGGCUUCUGCACCGCCGUUGUGUCCUUGAAGUGGCGAUUACACUUUGAAUUUGUAACAUCCCAAGAACUAGCAUUGGUACUUCCGCCCCCACUGGAGCAGCCUGAGCCUGUGACCUGGACAGGGCCUGAGCAGGUGCCUGUGGGCAGCUUCAGCUGGGACCUCCCCAUCAAAGUGCUCCCCACAAGCCCCACCCUGGUCUCCUACGCUGCCCCAGGCCCCAGCACCAGCAGUAUAACCAUCUGAACUGGUUCACACCCACCGCGGCAGCGAGUGUUUUCAAGAAACCGAGAACUCGGACACCUGGACUCCCAUGGGGGCCCACGGUUCCCACCUGGCGGCCUGCAGCACAGGCAAUGAGAAAGACGGGCUUUCAGCUGGAGCAUUAAUUUAUUUAUUUGGAGGACGUUGGCAGCUGCUAGUGGUUUCCCUGGAAGUGGCAGCAGCAGUGAGCAGUCAGCAGAUGGGUGAGCCUUUAGCUGGAGUGGGGGGCGGGAGCCCCAGGAGCAGGGGUGUUAGCUGAGCCCCAUUCUAAGUCGGGUCCUCCCCCUUUGCAGGGCAGCCGAGGGUCAGCUUUUUGCACCAGGGAAAACUGACAGGUUCCUGCCUCCUGUCGCACUUCACAGCCAGCAGGGAAGUCGAUGGGAUGCUGAGACCUAGAGAACCAAAGACAGGGAGGGAGUCAGUGCAGCGCGAAGUGAGGGCCCGCCCUUUGCCACGCCCGUCCUCCCACGCCCUCCUUCAGUGUCCCAGCUCCUCUGCUAAGCUCUCUGCUCCCCCGCAGAUCUACCUCGACUCCCCUCCCGCUGGUGCCUUCACAUCUGCAGUCUCCUGAUGCCCUUCUGUCUACUCUUGCCUCAGAGGUCCAGGGACUCACUGGCCAUCCCUUAGGCACACCAGAGGCACUCUCUCUUGGCCACUCUUGGCUACUCACGUGUCACAGCAGCCCACGCCAACAGGGUGCAGACAGGUACAAUGGAAGCAGUCCUUGCGGAGCCAGGAUUCGCCCAGAGUGAAAUAUCUCCCCUCGUAGUGGCAGGGGGCUGGGGAAGGAAGGAUGAGAAUUGCUGGGUUAGGAGGUGAGAAUUGGGAGUGUGAGCAGAAGUCUGUCCUGGCCCGGGGUCCGAGAGAACCAAUGCACACCACCGCUCCGGACCGCCUUCCUGUUCCUAAUAGGGUUGGGCAUCUCCAAGUCACCACUACUACCUUCAUCUUCCCUUUAAGCAUCUUUACCUUGAGCUUGGAAGUAACACUUGCUGUUAACUCCUGGGUGCUGCAGGAACAGAGACAGCACCAAGCAGAUGAUCCUCCAGCCUCCGAGGAUUCCUUUGGCCUGGCCAGCCCAGGGCAUCCUUAGGGCCAUUCCCGCAGCUGAGCUCUCGCCGACCCUUCCUGGCUUCUCAGAUUCCUCUAGUCUCACCCCCUGCUCUUCCUGCCUUGCUCCUUGACUCUCCUUGGGCUCCAGUCUCAUACCAUGGCAGUGCCCUCUGCUCUUACAGGCUGGGAAUGUUUAUAAAGUGAGGACCCUGGCCCCCUGCUGAGGAGAGCUGGACAGGCUGUAACUGUUUCCUGAGGUAAGGGCAUGAAAACAAGAGGUCCGGCCUUUAACAAGCUGUGAGAGCUGAUUCAUGCCCCACACAGCUAGGAGGAGGGAGGUGGCCAGGGAAGGGGCACUGAACUGGGCACUGCCACAGCCAGGAGCGGGAGGGUGGGAGGCCCCAGGUGGUCCCCAGAUCUCCUUGACCUGCAGAGAGGAAGCAUUCCAUCAACCCUCCCUCCACCAGCAGCAGGGGUGUGUGUGCUGGGAUCCCUGCCUGGACCGGAGGGAGGCAUUUCCUGGGGAUGGCUAAUCCUGUGCCCCAGCCAAACCAAGGAGCUGCACAAGGGCGCAACUGCCAAAGUCUCCAGGAGAGCAGGCAGGCAUCUGGAUUGGAGCACUUCCCUCCGAUUCCCCUGAUGCAUCUGGAAAAUGGCUGCCCUCAGCAUUGGGAGGGGAGGGGCUCAUCCGUAGACCCCUCCCAAAGAUAACCUUUGCAUUUUUACCCCAAGUGGACAGCAGAUGCAGAUUGUCCCGUCCCUGACAAUGCUUCUGCACCCCCCCAGAGAAACAUCUCCAAAUACAGAAGUCACCCCACUGUCACAGAGAUAGAUGCCCCCUCUUUCCUCAUGAUGGAACAAAGCUUUCUAAGGUCUGAGUUUCUGCAGGCUCUGGAAGGGUGCUGGGAUUCACAUGACAAGGCACUGGCUAGCUGAUCUUGCACAGGUCUCUUCACCUGCCUCCCUGCUUCCUCAUCUGAACUGAGAGUAGAAAUGCCAGUUCAUGGCUUGUGAGACGGAUGCACACAGGAUAUUCCUAGCUCCAUCUUUGGCUCAUGGCCCUUCAAAAAUAGCCACUGAUCGAGGCUAAUGCUAAGAGACAAUAAUGAUGUUCUUUUCUCUGGACAACAGUAAGUAGCUAUGCACAGCUGAGGGCUUCUGUCGUGGACUCCCCAGACCAGCUGCUGCCCUUCACGUGUAUGCACCAUGGUUUCCUACAGUCUCCUUCAAAGACAUAUUUUGUCCUGGGAGCAUCUUGGCUUUAGGCCUUGACAUCUGGGUUGAAAGGUGAUGUUGAUAAAGCUGCUUUUCCCACUUCCGUACCUUGGGAAGAGGGAUCAUGCCUUAUUCUCCCUUCAACUAACUUUAGGGCUCCGCUUUUUCUUAUUUGGAUUCUGACUUUCCCCUCUUCCCCUCAUGUGGACUCCAAGACUCCUUUGUGACCCUGGUCAAACUGGACUUCUUUUGUUCUCCUAGCCCCGCUGUUCCCCUGGGACGUUUGUUGUGGUUUGCAUUGAGGCCUGCAGUCCCAUUCCCCCUUUCCCUUUACUCCCCACCGCCUCCCACAGCAGAUAUAGCUUCAGCCAGCCGACCUUGUCAGGUGCCCCAGGCCCCGCCUGUCACCUCUUCUGCAGCUGCUGUCAGUACACCUCCAACUCCUUAGCAGUCUUCCUCCAGAUACCUUUUGCCUUGGCCCGGGCGGGCUGUAGUUCAGUAAUAGUAUUUGCUUAUCAUUCCAGUGUCCCUGGUUCCACCCCAAACACCUCCUAAAAUUGAGUGGAGGAAAACAAGAUUUCUUUUCAGAUAGUUAUUGAGAUCUAAACAAAGGAGAACUUAGCAGGGGGACACCCAGGUAAGCCCCCUGGGGGCGUGGAGGGGAGAGCAAGGCCUUGACUCCUUCCUGUCUUGGCUGGAGAAGGAUUAGAAAGGAUCUAGCUUAGAAGUUUGUGUAGUAGUUAGCUCUCACCACUGCCUUUGGGGGAUCUGCCUGAAGGCUGAGCGUAGACCAUUUUCUGCAGUAACUAGAGAUCCUGGAGGCAGAGGAGGUGCUGGAAUGGGACCUGGUGGACAUUAGUGUAGGAGCCACACCAAACUGCAAAGUGAGGGCGUGCCUCCUGAAGUGCAGGUGAAGGCGUGUAUCUGUGGGAACAUCUGGAAGGAGGCAGAGGCUGAGCAGAAUUCCUUUCUGAGGUGCCAGGGCAGUGGGGACCUGGCUGAUAGCCUAGGCAAUGGGGUGUGUAGAGGCUGUGGUAGGAGCCAAGCCUACUGAGUCCCAGGGGAGUAGCCUUGGGGACAAGGGGCAGGACAGGGUCGGGGUGAGGGUUGGCGCAGGCCACCUAUGCAGGGACAAGGAAAACAUCCGCCAGAGCUGGACCAGGCUGUGUUCCAGCUGUGCAGGCAGGUGUGCAGGGUGAGGAUGUGAGCUCAUUCCGGGUCUGAGUCACCCCAACCCUGCCUGCUUUGCCCAAAUGCGACAGGGCACGGUGUUUGGAGAUGAUGGCUCAGGGUGAUUUGGGGGACUGGAGCCCAGAGAGGGGAAAGUCCUGAACAAACCCAAAGGAAUCAUGGAAGGGGCUGCAAAGUGCAAAGCCCCUAAAUUCAUAGCUUGUGGCUGAAUAGACAUAUCGGGGCAGGUUAGAGCUGGAAACCCUGAGGGGAAGGGCAGAGGGAAGGCCCUACGGAGUCUUCCUAGAGUGGAGGAUCCAGAGAAGCAGAGGCAGGAGGUGAGGCUCCCGCUGCUGAGGCACCGUCCAUCAAGUCAGAAGGUGCAAUAGGCCAGCCAGGACUGUCCAGGCCCGUGUGAAGGAAGGGCUCCAGGGAGGCUUUGAUUAUUUGGAUCUUUGCAGUAACACCUGGUUCUAAAGAGGCUUUAUGUUCUGGAAUAGUCGUUAACUGGAACCAUGUUGGCCCAUGACCAUGAAGAUAGUGGAUGGUGUAAGAAGACAGUUCUCUGUGUCUCCCAUGGUACCCAGCCUACCAUCCAGUACCCCACUCCCAGGCCCCAAAGGAAGGCUGAUAGGGCUGUUUCCAUAUAACCAUCCCAACACUGAGAAGCAGGAGGUUGCUCUAGCUUGGACUACAGAGUGAGACCCUAUUUUAACAACAAUUUGCUCUUACUGAAUCUUAAAAUCUUGAAUAAAGGUUGAAAAUCAA